CCUCGGCGCGCGCGUCCCGCCGUGCGCUCCCGCCGCCCUCGUCCCGGUGAGUCAGAGCCGGAGCUGUCUCCGCGCCCCGGGCCCCCGCCAGCGGCCUCGGGAGGGGAGCCGGUUACUUGUCCGCGCUCCGGGGGUGGGGACGCUCGGCCCCCAGCCGUCCCUCCCAGCGGCACGGAUCCCGUGCGGUCCCGCGUGGACGCGGCGGCCGAGCGGCGUUGCGGGCUUUGUUCGGCUUUGUCUGAGCCGCACCUGAACUCGGCCGCGAGGCCCGCGCGCUUCUCGGGGAAGCCGGAGUCACCUGGCGCACCUGGGCGAGCGCACCUGGCGCACGCUUCCCCCGGGCUCCCCGCAGACGGCCCGGCCCCGGGGAAACCCAGCCAGCGCAUCGGGACGGGGAGCGUGGCGGGCCUGGGAGUGGCCUCUCUUUUGGGACUCCGGCACGGGGUCGCAGAGCCAAGGGGGCGCGGAGCACAGAUCGCCAACGUAAAUUUUGCCCGAAUGAGCAGAAGCUUGGGAGACUCUGAAAAGCAUUCACCGGGUCAUGCAGAGGCACGGAAGGAAGAGAGCGGGAGGAAGUUGCUUGGGUCCUCGCGGCAGCCUGGGGAGGCCGCUGGAAUCCUGGUUUGGGAAAGACAACAACAGGCCCGAGCCUCAGAGUCCUGCACGUGCCCAGGGUCGGAAGCCAUGACCCCGGAAAAUCAGCCUGAGCCUGACUGGUUUGCAUCCCAGGGGCAGCUCUGCCCUGGCCCUGGUCCGCGUGGCCCGGCCUGGCUCCCAGGCGGCAGGCGAGAACCUGCCCUUCGUCUGUCGUCGGGAGUGAGAGGAAAGGAAGGCCUGUCUUGUUGGCAGGUGCCAGGCUGGAAGCCAGCGGGGAUGGCCUUGACCGCGCUGGCCUGCACCCUCUCUGUCCGUCUCCCCCUCCCCCGUGUGUCCGCGAAGGUCCUGACCCUCUCGCUUUUGUAAGAUUCGCUCUCCGCUGGCCACUUGGAUUAGGUGCAGACGUGAGCCUCACGGUCAUCUGAGGCACAAAGACUCUCAGCUGGUUGGGACAUUUGAUCCCCUUUGUUUCAGACGUGUUUGAAAUCCGAGGAGCUGAAUAUUCAGUAGAGUAAGGUCUGACCAUCACGGGUCCGUGACAGAGAGAUUUAAAACCAAAAGACACCUUAGCAGCAUCUGGUCCAGCCUCCUUGUUUUUGUAGACGAGGGACCAGGGCAUCGGAUGAGAAGUGGGGCUCCUGGACUCACGGUGCCGGCUGUGUGCCACCAGGGGGCAGGCGUAGCCCCUACCUGUCCUAGUCACCCGCCUCUAUGCCAUCUCAGCUUGUGCGGUGGCUCGAGGGCCCUGACUCACCUCCGCUCCAGAAGCAGCCUGGUUAGAUCCAAGCAUCUAACUGGAUUAGGGGCCAGAGACCUGAACUGUGCGACUGUCUGGGACCCCCCACCCUCCCCGCUUCUGAGCUUCUGUGACCCCUUCCUUCAUCUCUCAGUUACAUCAACAUGCCUUCCUUCCCAUUGCUGGAGGCCAUCUUCAUUUUCCUGCUUUCUGGAGCACGCCCAUCUCACCCUCUUCAGGAAGUCCACGUAAGCAGGGAGACCGUUGGGAAGAUUUCAGCCGCCAGCAAAAUGAUACGGUGCUCAGCUGCUGUGGACGUCCUGUUUCUGAUAGAUGGCUCCUACAGUGUCGGGAAGGGGAGCUUUGAAAGGUCCAAACACUUUGCCGUCACGGUCUGCGACGCUCUGGACAUCGGUCCCGAGAGGGUCAGAGUGGGAGCCCUGCAGUUCGGUUCCGUCCCUCGUCUGGAAUUCCGCUUGGAUUCGUUUUCGUCCCCACGGGAAGUGAAGGCAAACAUGAAGAGCAUGGUUUUCAAAGGAGGGCGCACAGAGACAGGCCUCGCUCUGAAAUACCUUCUGCGCAAAGGGUUCCCCGGGGGCAGAAAUGCCUCUGUGCCCCAGAUCCUCAUCGUCGUCACUGAUGGGAGGUCCCAAGGCCAGGUGGCGCCGCCAGCCAAGCAGCUCAAGGAGAGAGGUGUCACCGUAUUUGCCGUCGGGGUCCGGUUUCCCAGGUGGGAGGAGCUGCACGCGCUGGCCAGCGAGCCGAGGGAGCAGCACGUGCUGAUGGCUGAGCAGGUGGAGGACGCCACCAACGGCCUUUUAAGCACCCUCAGCAAGUCUGACAUCUGCACCGUCGCCUCUCCAGACUGCCAGGUCCAGCCUCAUCCCUGUGAGCGCAAGACGCUGGAGACGGUCAGGGAGCUUGUGGGCAGUGCCCUGUGCUGGAGAGGAUCGCGGGGGACCGAUGCCGUGCUGGUGGCACUCUGUCCCUUCUCCAGCUGGAAGAGAGUGGUCCUAACCCACCCUGCCACCUGCUACAGGACAACCUGCCCAGGCGCCUGUGACUCGCAGCCCUGCCAGAAUGGAGGCACGUGUGUUCCAGAAGGACUGGACGGGUACCACUGCCUCUGCCCACCAGCCUUCGGAGGGGAGGCUAACUGCGCCCCGAAGCUGAGCCCGGAAUGCAGAAUCGACGUCCUCUUCCUGCUGGCCAGCUCAGCGGGCACCACCCUGGAGGGCUUCCUGCGGGCCAAGGCCUUCGUGAAGCGGUUUGUGCAGGCCUCACUGGGCGAGGACUCCCGGGCCCGCGUGGGUGUGGCCCGCUACAGCGGGGAGCUGAUGGUGGCCGUGCCCGUGGGCGAGUACCAGGACGUGCCGGACCUGCUCAGGAGCCUGGAUGGCAUCCCCUUCGGCGGGGGCGCCACCCUAACGGGCGGCGCCUUGCGGCAGGCGGCUGAGCGCGGCUUCGGGAGCGCCGCCAGGACGGGCCAGGACCGUCCCCGCAGAGUGGUGGUCCUGCUCACCGAGUCACCCUCCCAGGAUGACGUGGCCGGCCCAGCGCGUCGUGCGAGGGCCGGAGAGCUGCUCCUGCUGGGAGUGGGCACCGAGGCCGUGCGGGCAGAGCUGGAGGAGAUCACAGGCAGCCCAGAGCGCGUCCUGGUCUACACUGGCCCACAUGACCUGUUCCGCCAAACCCGUGAGCUGCAGGGGAAGCUGUGCAGCCGGCCGCCGCCAGGCUGCCAGGCACGGUCCCUGGACCUGGUCUUCGCGUUGGAUGCCUCGGCCUCCGUGGGGCCCGAGAACUUCGCCCGGAUGCAGAGUUUCGUGAGGAGUUGCGCGCUCCGGUUUGACGUGAACCCCGACGUGACGCAGGUCGGCCUGGUGGUUUACGGCGGCCAGGUCCGCGUGGCCUUCGGGCUGGACACCCACGCCACCCGCGCCGCGGUGCUGCGGGCCGUGAGCCAGGCCCCCUACCUGGGCGGGGUGGGCUCGGCGGGCACAGCCUUGCUGCACAUCCAUGACAGGGUGAUGACGGUCCAGAGGGGCGCCCGGCCUGGUGUCCCCAAGGCUGUGGUGGUGCUCACAGGCGGGCUGGGGGCGGAGGACGCGGCUGUCCCCGUCCGGAAGCUGAGGAACAAUGGCGUCUCUGUCCUGGUGGUGGGCGUGGGGCCUGUGCUGAGGGAGGCGCUGCGGAGGCUCGCGGGUCCCCGGGACUCCCUGCUCCACGUGGCAACCUACGCAGACCUGAGGCGCCACCAGGAGGCGCUCAUCCAGUGGAUAUGUGGAGAAGCCAAGCGGCCCGUCAACCUCUGCAAACCCAGCCCGUGCAUGCACGAGGGCACCUGCAUCCUGCAGAACGGGAGCUACCGCUGCGAGUGCCAGGACGGCUGGCAGGGCCCCCACUGUGGGAGACGGUCCUUGAGAGGAGAUGCCCCCAAGGCCCGUGGCUCCCCCCGAGACCCCUCCCAGCAACUGCCCAGGUCUGAGCACCCCGGGCGCUGAAACUGCCGUGGCAUCCAUGGAGCAUCCUGCCUCCGGCUCCGCGCGCGCAGAACCCUCCCGCCCACGUGCCUCCGCCACAGAGAGCUGUCCUGGCUGCAGACCGUGCAGCUUGGGGACACAGUGACACCUGACACCACCACUAAUGCUGAUGUUGAAAAGUCUUCACAUGUAAGUAUUUGCUUGCUGUGCCUGGCUGUGCCCCGGUGAGCUCGUGUCGUCGGCCGCCUUUCCCCUGAGGAGAAACAAAGGAGCGUGGAGACUCCUGAUGGCCUCUUUGAAGCAACCUUGGCCCUCACCUUGGCCCUCACCAGAUGCUAAAUAGGAUGUCGUUGGGAACGGUAAUAGGAGGAGGCGCGGACUAGAGUGGUGUUUGGACCACUGAAGACACGGCAUUUCGAGAUGGAAAAAGUGUGGACCUUUUCACACCUCUUUUCCCAAAGAUUUCCUAGUGCGUUUGCUUUCGGUUCGACAAGGGGCUUGUGUGGCACUUGUGACUUCUUCUGGUGCCUGGAUCUGUGCGUGGCAAAGACCUAGAAGGGCUCGGGACUGGAAUGUGACCACUAACCAACUUGUUUGACUAUGGGGGAGGGGCCAGGUGAAGAUGUCCCAGGUCCUGGGCUACAUUCCCUUUGGGGGGGGGGCUUCCUCGAGAGAUUACGUAGAGGGGCUACUUGGGGGGUGUUUAUUGCUUGCUUUUUUUUUUUCUUAGGACAAAGAGGAUUGGAAUUCUUAAACAAAUACAGCAUAAAGAAACCUAGAGGGUGUUGGCGUUUUUUAAGCAUCGAUCUUAUGUUAUCUAAGUGGCUUUGCUUCUCGCUAAAGGAAUGUCUCAGGAUAUGAUGUUGGUUACUUAACAGGACCCGUGUGGCAAAAAGGCUUUUUAGUUGGAGUGUUUUCUGGCAAACUAGGUACUUACCCCUGCAGUGUUUAGGAAUCAGUCCUUCCCCUUGGUUGUGGUCCUUUCGCUUUGGGUUUUCAGUAGAAACCUUUGUGGAGCCAUGACCUACAUCCAGAUACCCAGAUACUUUGUCUUUUCUUUUUAAUGUAAACAAUGUAAAUGUUUUACAUGCAAAUAUUCAAGGCUGCUUUGACCUAAAGUACUUGAAGAGGCCACCUGAGGGUAUCCUUAGACAUUUCAAAUGAAAGGUCCAGCGUACCAAGCACCUUCAUGACAGUCAUUUGUGUUCAAGGAUAUUUUCACUCCUGUUACUACUUUAGCCUGGGCAGGUGACAUCAGAGCAGGGAUGUCCACCUGGCAGGUGCCAAUGGGUGAUGUCUGAGAACUUGCAUGAACCCACAGUCUUUAACAGCAAGUUUAAUCAUUUUACAGUGUAGGCUCUUUGGGUCAGGGCUGAUAUUUGGACAUCCCAUUUGAAUUGCUUUGACUUAAAAAAAAAAAAAAAAAAAAACCCCACAGACUUACACAUUAAAACACUGCUUCUGUUUUUA